UUUGGGAAGGUGAACUGAUCGCCAGGACCGUGUGCCAGUGUUUUAACUCAAAGUUCUGCAUUUGUCCAAAGUCGACACCGCGCACAAUCUGCAUCUUUAAUGGACUAUCACUGCCAACGACACCGUACGGGACAAUGUUAAUGCAUCAUUUGCUUAACCGUCCACAAAUGCCUUGAUCUCGCAGGGACUUCGCAACAGUGCUGCAACUCGCGCAAAAUCGACACACCACAGGACUUUUUGUUUUUCAUUCGUGAAUAUGGCAAAGCGACUGCAGCCAACUGGAGCCGAGGUUUGCAACACAUUGUUGCAAAUAUUUUGAAGAAGAACACGAUGCUCUCCCUCUCGCGUGCCCUGUAACUGCUUCCAUUCAUUAAUUCCAGCUUGGCUCGAGCACCGUCUUCUCUCCUGGAGAUUUUCCUUCCAGUUUCCUCUCAAUUAUGUUCACUUUCGCUGCCUUUUGCUAUAUGCUUUCCCUUGUCCUCUGUGCUUCUCUCAUCUUCUUCGCGAUCUGGCAUAUAACAGCCUUUGAUGAGCUUCAGGCAGACUUCAAGGUGCCGAUCGAUCAGGGCAAUCCACUUCAUGCGCGUGAAAGACUUCGAAAUAUUGAGAGGAUCUGCUGCCUGCUGAGAAAGUUGGUGCUUCCAGAGUACUCUAUCCAUGGACUCUUCUGUAUCAUGUUCCUGUGUGCUCAGGAGUGGCUUACUGUAGGCCUGAAUAUCCCUCUGCUCUUCUACAACACAUGGAGGUACUUUCACAGCCCCACCGACACUAAGGAGCUUCUCUACGAUCCAGCGUCAGUCAUGAACGGAGACACACUCAAAUUCUGCCAAAAAGAAGCCUGGUGCAAGAUGUCCUUCUUUGUCCUCUCAUUCUUCUACUAUCUCUACUGUAUGAUCUACUCCUUGGUGACCUCAUAACAGAGUUCUCAACACUGCUCAUAAGACACUGUUUUCCGAAAGCUCUAAACUACAUUUGGAUGAAACAAGAGACACAAGUUCA